AUGGUGAUUACCGAAUUUCUCGACUUGGCUUUCAACGUAGACAAUCCGGACGAUUUCAGCGACAACAUCUACGUGACGCUCGAGAUGAUCGUCAUCUGUUUUAAAAUGUGUAGCUUGUCGUUAAAGCGAAAGAAUAUCGCGAUCUUGAUCGAUACACUUCAGAGAACGCCUUUCGCGUCAACGGACAGCCAGGAGAUCGAAAUUCGAACGAGAUUCGACAAAGCAGUAGAAUGGAAUACGAAACUCUACACGUUUGUAUUAGAAUUAUGCGUAGUGUGGACGGUAUUGGCGACGUUAGUUGCAUCUACGACUAGCAAGGAGCUACUGUUCCGUGCCUGGCUUCCCAUCGACUAUUCCACGACGAUAACGUUUUACUUUGCCUUGGGUUUUCAAAUUCUAUGUGCAGUGAUCGGAAGUCUCUCGAACGUUGCGUGUGACAGUCUGUUCAGCGGUCUGUUGAUUCACAUUUACUGUCAGUUCGAGAUACUCGGGCACCGUUUGAAAAAUAUUAUAGAAAACGAGAAUGACUUGGUGAAACAGUGUAAUCGUCAUCACGAUCAAAUAUACAAAUUCGCCGCGAUGGUUAACGAAGAAUUUAAGGCAAUCGUGUUCGUUCAGUUUCUGAUGAGUAUAUCGGUAAUGUGUUUCAAUCUGUAUCUAUUGGCGCGGAAAAAGUUCAUCUCAGAGAUCGUGGAAACUGUUCUCUACAUAUUGUGCACGCUGAUGCAGAUAUAUUACUAUUGUUGGUACGGGAACGAAGUGAAACUGAAGAGUCUCGAAGUCACCGACAUGAUAUUUGGAAUCAACUGGACAUCUUUAAAUAAUAACACUGUGAAGAUUCUGUUGAUGAGUAUGAGACGUGCAACGAUACCAAUCGAAUUUACCAGCUUCUACGUUGUGUCUGUGAAUCUCGAAUCGUUCAAAGCGUUGCUGAAGACUUCUUACUCGGCGUGCAACCUCCUGCAACAAACUCACUUGAUCUUCGUCGUGGACAACGUGGACGAUUUCAGCGACAACAUUUACGUGACGCUCGUGUAUAUGAUCACCUGCUUCAAAACGUGCAGUAUAUUAAUUACGCGACGGAAUACUAUGAUGCUGGUCGAUAUUCUCGAAAAGGAGCCAUUUUUACCGAUGGACGUCGAAGAAAUUGAAAUAAGAACGAAAUUCGACAAAGAAGCUGAGAAGUUGCCGUAUCGCGCCUGGUUCCCGUUCGAUUAUUCACCGGUGCUGAAGUUCAGCUUCGUCUACCUUCAUCAAGCUACGAGUGCUCUGCUCUGCUGCCUCUCGAACGUCGCGUGCGACAGUUUGUUCAGCUGCCUGUUGGUUCAAAUUUACUGUCAGUUCGAAAUACUCGGAUACCGUCUGCACAAUAUUCGAAAGAACGAGAACGAUUUGGUGAAACAGUGCGCCCGCCAUCACAAUCAUAUAUACAAGUUGGUCUCCCAAGUUUCGUACAGCGUCUCGGUUCUUUCCCGACUCUUUUCUCGUUCCAAAAAACUUGAAAUAGAAAAGAGUCUCGAAGUCUUUAAAUUUCUCACGUACAUGUCGUGUACGCUUUUGCAGAUAUAUUACUACUGUUGGUAUGGGAACGAAGUGAAACUGAAGAGCCUUGAAGUUCCCAACAUGAUAUUCGAGAGCGACUGGACGACUUUAAAGACCAAGACUCAGAAGAUUCUGUUAAUGAUUAUGAAACGAUCAUUGUCGCCCAUCGAAUUCACCAGCCUUUACAUCGUGUCCGUCAAUCUCGAAGCAUUCAAAGUGCUGCUUAAGACUUCUUACUCGAUAUAUAACCUGUUACGUAGAGUCGAUAGUCAGCGGUUAUUAAACUUCCGAGAUAAUGCACAUACAAUUAGUCCUCGGACGGAAGUAACCGCGGCAUAA